ACACUGGGUUCUCGAAAGCAGGCUUUGAGCAUCCAAAGACACUAAGAUACGAGUUCCUCUUUCAUCUGAGCUUCGCUGUGAUCCAUUACUACCUGCUUGAAGCUAGUGCAGAUCAGUGGACAUCACUGCGGAACUUCAAAACCGGCGCCUGAUUAUUUGGCCCCAGGUGGUUCCACGCACAUUAAUACAAUUAGACCAUAACACUGUUGGAUAUGAUGGUCUUAAGGCUUUCCAUGGGCUUCGCCGCCUGUGUAGCCGUCUUAUUUGCCGGCACAGCUGUCGCCCAAACGGACAACGACAUCCUGAAUUUCGCCCUGAAUUUGGAGUGCCUGGAGGCUGAGUACUACUCUAACGCCGUCUAUGGAUAUGGUCUGAAUAGUAGUACCUUGGGGAGUGGUCCGGGAUCAGUCGGAGGGCUUAAGGCCAACCUGAGCCCAGACUUGCUCAAGAUAGCAACUGAGCUUGCUGACGAUGAAAUCAACCAUGUAACUGACCUUCGGGAGUUGCUGGGCAAUGACGCGGUACCCUGCCCAAAAAUGGAUAUCGGCGUUUCCUUCACCAGCCUAGGCAAAGCUGCGCUUAACGUUGACGGCUUCUUCCCCUACAACAGUGACAUCAAUUUCCUCUUAGGUGCUUUUUUGUUUGAGGACGUUGGAGUCACUGCAUUCCAUGGCGCAACUCCCCUGCUGGUUUCAAAGUCAGUGCUCAACACGAUUGCUGGCAUUGCCCCUGUGGAGGCAUACCAUGCAGCCAUUCUGCGGACCCUGCUGUACCAGAAGGGCUCCGACAUGGUCACUCCCUAUAACAUCCGCGUGUGGGACUUUGUCCAGGGGUUCUCCAACCUGCGCGGCAAGGCCGGUAACGGCAAGGACCAGGGAAUUGUGGUUCCUCCGGCCGACGGCCGAACCACAGCAUACCCCUUUGCAAACCUGGUACCCCAAGAUGGCCAGGGACUGGCAUUCUCUCGCACACCGUAUGAGGUGCUGGCGAUUGUGUAUGGAGGGAACGCCACGCAGCCCGGCACUUUCUACCCCCAAGGCAUGAACGGGUACUUCAAGUAGAAGUGAAAGGGAUAAGCGCAGCAAUGGAGGCAAGGGGCAUGAAUGGGUACUUCAAUUUGAGGGGACAAGUGCAGCAAUUGAGGCAUCGAAAGUGAACCCAUGAGGUACUGAUAGACGACAACGUUCUGAUUUUGAUUUGAAUUCAAAGAUGAUAAGCAGGUAUCGGGCAGUGAAUUUCCUCCUGCGGCUUGAUCAAGCACAAGGUUGUGUGAGUGCUGCAAGCUUGAUGACAUAAUUAUGCGUUUGAAAAUAGAAUUUGAGUUGAGCAUCCGCACUCACCAUCCUUCAGCAAGACUCUUUGAUUGCCUGAAAGAAUGUUGCUGAGCACAAUACCCAUUAUGUAUUUUAAUUGUGCCAUCUGACAGCGUGGCAGAUGGCACCUAAUCUGGCACAACCAAGUGAAGGCAGAUGGGGUGACAGUUGAUGACUCAUCGGAGGUACUGGUGCUGUCUGCAGAUCUGACACUUGCAUUU